UUUAAUGUAUAAUUUCAUCGACACCUAGAAAUAAAUAUAGCGUGAAUUGAAAUUGGGCUCUCGGGAUUUUCAUUUAAUUUUACAGCGAUCAUAUUCAGAUUGACUAUUUCUUCGUUUACUCCAGAUGUCAAGAGGACUCGCCUCCUUUGUUCUUUAUUCAACAUAAAAUUUUAUCUUGUGUGAACGUGCAGAAAUAACCUAAUAAUGUUCAUCAGUAAACUGCUGACGCCAUUGUAACCCGCUGAAUUUCCAAUUUCAAAAUUACAAUCACAAAUCAAGAAAUUAAAUCAGAUGCAUUUCUUAUGAAAAUCAUUGUUAACAUCCAGUAUUACAUGCUUUAUUCCAAAUAGGCUUGAUUUAUGGUGGGAAAAAUGCAUCAGAAAUUACCCGAAGACCAAGAAGAUGGUAAAUAUGCACUCCUAAACGGCAGCAGCAGCCAUAAUCAUCGCGACGCUAAACCAUCACCAUUACCUGGAGAAACGAUUGAAUCCACGUCAGAUACUUCAUCUACGAUCCUUACAAACAAACCUUUAGCUAAGAAGGUAAGACCUAAUUUCAUAAAUUUGAAAAACACUUCAUUUCCUGCCACGUCGAUCAAUGGAUACGCCGACGAAGCGUCAAAAGUUUCAAAUAAAAUGACCAGUUCAGCGAUCAAUGGCGACUGCAACAAUUCGGGAAAUAUUUUUGCUGAGUCUUCUUUGAGUCCCACAAGUUCGAGCGUAAGUCGGUCAUCGAGUAACCAAGAAUUAACUGCAAUAAACGGAUCCAUUCCAAUAUCCACCCUCACUCGACCUGAGCCUUCAACAGAUCCUGUUAAAGACGCCGUGCUUCCACCAAAAAUUAUUUCCCGUUUUGUUUCCCCUGAUGCGGCAAACAGCCCCAGCGAUUCCCUCUGCUCCACCGACUCCACGCCCUGGAACAUCGACGGCACAGAAACUAUCGUUGAAAACCCCUUCAAGGGAGGCAAGGGUGGUGCAUUUCAGGGCUUGAAAAAGAGAACUCCGUCUUUUAUAGAGCGAGAACUUAGCGCUCUCCAGGAGGAGAACAAGCAGCUCAAGGCAUCUCUCAAGGAGGCAGGACGUUUGAACGGCCAAUGGCGAGCGUACCACGAGGAACGCCAGGGCUACGUGGAGCGUCUGUUGUCCACCAUCCACUCCCUCCAGCAGCGUCACGAACCAUCGUCCUCUCCCCCAGGAGGUGGCCAAAAG